AUGCAUUUCGCAACAGCGCUUUUAUUUGCCACCAAUCUGCUUGGUACCGUAACAGCAGCUCCGCCCACGGACGGUGGUCUGUACUCGAUAGUCAACCUGAGGACCGCAACCGUCGUCGACUUGGAAUCCGGCCGCGGAGGCAACAACGUCAUUGUCCAAGGGUGGGCACCCAUCUGGAGCGAGGGAGCAAAGAACCGCAUCUGGCGAUUCGUGCACAAGGGGAAAUACUGGAAACUCAUCAACUUGGCAUCCGGGACUGCGCUCACGCUCCAGAACGGCGCGAGCGACAAUCAAACGCCCAUUGUCGGCUACGUGCCCUACGAGACCGAUCGACAGCUAUGGCAGCUCUUGGAACACACGGAGCCCAACCUUCCAAGACACUUCCAAUUCAUCAAUAAAGCUGGGGGUACCUCUAUGGAUCUCUACUUUGGUGGCAUGGGUAACGGUACGAGGAUCUAUGGCUAUGAGUCGUUUCCCGGCAAUGUCAAUCAGUUAUGGGUCUUGGUGCCUAUAACUCCUGAUCAAGUCUGA